ACCAUUUAGACUUAGAGUGGAGCACCAGUAAGGCAGUGGAGCCAACCAUUUGCUGGACAAAAAGGUGGCCAGAAAACCAGUGUGGUGGGUUUAUUGAUUUCCACCAAACACUCCACUCCUCCUCCAGUUCUUCCUCAGUCUCAGUGAUCUCCACGCUGACCUGUGGAGUGUGUGGGAUCUGGAGAAAAGCAGCUGAAGUGCUGCUGGAGUGUGUUUAUGCUGAGAACCAGGCAGGACCUCUCAGCUGGACCUUUAGGCUUGACUGAGAGUUUUCCACAAUCUAUGCUUCUCUACAUGUUGGACUAAAAGCGUCUGAGAGGAUCUUCUGGCUAAGAUGAGUGAGGAAGCCAAGGAAAAGGGCACCAGCAAGCAAGCCCACCGCAAGAAGAAGGGCAAAAAGACUGACACCAACGCCAGUUAUCUCCGAGCAGCCCGGGCUGGAAACCUAGAGAAAGCCCUUGAUUACCUGAAGUCUGGAGUCGACAUCAACAUCUGCAACCAGAAUGGCCUGAACGCUCUUCAUCUCGCCUCCAAAGAGGGCCAUGUGGAGGUAGUGGCACAGCUUAUUAAACUGGGGGCCACUGUCGAUGCAGCAACAAAGAAAGGAAACACUGCUCUGCACAUAGCUUCCCUGGCCGGCCAGGCAGAGGUGGUCAAAGAGCUGGUGAACAAUGCGGCCAAUGUCAACGCACAGUCUCAGAAUGGCUUCACACCGCUCUACAUGGCUGCCCAGGAGAAUCACCUGGAUGUGGUACGCUUCCUUCUGGACAACGGCUCCAGCCAGAGCAUCGCCACUGAGGACGGCUUCACCCCACUGGCUGUGGCGCUACAGCAGGGUCAUGACCAGGUGGUCUCUCUGCUCCUGGAGAACGACACUAAAGGGAAAGUGCGGCUCCCUGCGCUUCAUAUUGCUGCCCGCAAAGACGACACCAAGGCCGCUGCGCUUCUCCUGCAGAACGACCACAACGCUGAUGUCGAGUCAAAGAUGAUGGUGAAUAGAACGACAGAGAGCGGCUUCACCCCGCUGCACAUCGCUGCGCACUAUGGCAACAUCAAUGUGGCUACGCUGCUCCUCAACCGUGGAGCUGCUGUGGACUUCAAAGCCAGGAAUGACAUCACACCUCUCCAUGUGGCAUCGAAAAGAGGAAACAGCAACAUGGUCAAGCUGUUGCUUGAGCGAGGAGCGCGGAUCGAUGCCAAAACCAAGGACGGUCUAACACCUCUCCAUUGUGGAGCCAGAAGUGGGCACGAACAGGUCGUGGAGAUGCUGCUGGACCGUGGAGCUCCGAUUCUGUCCAAGACCAAAAACGGUCUGUCUCCGCUGCACAUGGCCACGCAGGGAGACCACCUGAACUGUGUGCAGCUGUUGCUCCAUCACGAUGUGCCUGUGGACGACGUCACCAAUGACUACCUGACUGCUUUGCAUGUGGCUGCCCACUGCGGGCACUACAAGGUGGCCAAGGUCAUUUUAGACAAGAAGGCUAACCCAAAUGCCAAAGCACUGAAUGGUUUUACACCGCUCCACAUCGCCUGCAAGAAGAACAGGAUCAAAGUGAUGGAGUUACUGCUAAAGCACGGAGCGUCCAUACAGGCAGUGACAGAGUCGGGUCUCACGCCGAUUCAUGUGGCUGCCUUCAUGGGACACGAAAACAUUGUGACUCAGUUGAUGAAUCACGGAGCGUCGCCAAACACAACCAACGUUAGGGGAGAGACGGCGCUCCACAUGGCUGCAAGGGCCGGACAGACAGGAGUGGUCAAAUUCCUGGUCCAGAACGGAGCACAUGUCGACGCCAAGUCCAAGGAUGACCAGACCCCGCUGCAUAUCUCCAGUCGUCUAGGAAAGCCUGAUAUCGUUCAGCAGCUGCUGCAGCAUGGAGCAUCUCCCGACUCCACCACCACGUCAGGAUACACACCUCUGCACCUGGCUGCGCGCGAGGGACACAAAGACGUGGCGUCAAUCCUGCUCGAGCAGGGUGCUUCACUGGGCAUCACCACCAAGAAGGGAUUCACUCCACUACAUGUGGCAGCUAAAUAUGGCAAGAUUGAGGUAGCCAACCUCCUGCUGCAGAAGAGAGCCCCUCCAGAUGCAUCUGGAAAGAGCGGACUAACUCCACUGCAUGUAGCUGCACACUAUGAUAACCAGAAAGUGGCACUUCUCCUCCUGGACCAGGGAGCCUCCCCCCAUGCUGCUGCCAAGAAUGGCUACACGCCUCUGCACAUAGCUGCCAAGAAGAAUCAGAUGGAGAUUGCCACCACACUGCUUGAGUACGGAGCAGACACCAAUGGCAUUACCCGGCAGGGUGUCAGUCCUCUUCACCUCGCCGCCCUGGAGGGCAAUAUGGACAUGGUCACCCUCCUUUUGGCCCGCGAUGCCACCAUCAACCUUGGCAACAAGAGUGGGCUGACUCCUCUUCACUUAGUGUCACAGGAGGACAAAGUGAAUGUGGCAGAAGUACUGGUUAACCAUGGCGCCGUAGUAGACCCUGAGACCAAGACGGGGUACACUCCACUGCAUGUUGCCUGUCACUAUGGCAAUGUGAAGAUGGUGCACUUCCUCCUGAAGAACCAGGCUAAAGUCAAUGCUAAAACAAAGAAUGGGUACACGCCCCUGCACCAGGCUGCACAGCAAGGCCACACACACAUCAUUAACCUCCUGCUGCAGCAUGGAGCAUCCCCCAACGAACUCACAGUGAAUGGAAACACGGCUUUGUCCAUUGCCAGGCGGCUGGGUUACAUCUCGGUGGUGGACACUCUCAAGGUUGUGACGGAGGAGACUCUGACCACACUGACGGUAACCGAGAAGCAUAAGAUGAAUGUUCCAGAAACAAUGAACGAAGUUCUGGACAUGUCCGAUGACGAAGUUUGUAGAGCCAAUGUACCCGAAAUGCUCAAUGAGGACUAUAUUUCAGAUGUUGAUGAAGGUGAGGAUGCGAUGACAGGGGACACGGAUAAGUACCUGGGACCUCAGGACCUGCGCGAGUUGGGUGAUGACUCACUGCCUCAGGAGGGUUAUGUGGGCUUCAGCAUUGGAGCCCGUACUGCGAGCCUGCGCUCCUUCAGUUCGGAUAGGUCCAACACACUGAAUCGGAGCUCUUUCACCAGGGACAGCAUGAUGAUCGAGGAGAUCCUGGCGCCCACCAAGGACACGCACCUGGCUGUAGCCAAAGAAUAUGAUACUGACUCUCUGAGGCGCUACAGCUGGGCAGCAGACACCUUGGACAACGUCAACCUGGUUUCAAGCCCCAUCCACUCAGGGUUCUUGGUCAGCUUCAUGGUGGACGCCCGCGGCGGCUCCAUGAGGGGGAGCCGCCACAACGGCAUGCGCAUCAUCAUCCCGCCGCGCAAGUGCACGGCCCCCACGCGCAUCACCUGCCGCUUGGUCAAGAGGCACAAGCUGGCCUCCCCGCCCCCCAUGGUGGAGGGAGAGGGGCUGGCCAGCCGCCUGGUGGAGGUGGGACCCGCCGGAGCUCAGUUCUUGGGCCCAGUGAUAGUGGAGAUCCCUCACUUUGGUUCCAUGAGAGGGAAGGAGCGUGAGCUGAUCAUCCUCAGGAGUGAGAACGGCGAGACGUGGAAGGAGCACCAGUAUGACUGCAGGACUGAAGCCCUCAAUGAGCUACUCAACGGCAUGGACGAAGAACUGGACAGUGUAGUGGAUCUGGAGAAGAAGCGCAUCUGUAGGAUCAUCACUAAAGACUUCCCACAGUACUUUGCGGUGGUGUCACGGAUUAAGCAGGAGAGUAACCAGAUGGGUCCUGAGGGAGGGGUUCUGUCCAGCAUGACCGUUCCUCUAGUCCAGGCCUCUUUCCCUGAGGGAGCACUCACCAAGAAGAUCAGAGUUGGACUUCAGGCCCAGCCAGUCCCAGAUGAGACAGUGAAGAAGAUCCUGGGGAAUAGAGCCACGUUCAGCCCCAUAGUGACAGUGGAGCCACGCAGGAGGAAGUUCCACAAACCCAUCACUAUGACCAUCCCUGUACCCCCCCUUUCAGGGGAGGGUGUGACCAAUGGCUACAAAGGAGAUUCCACACCUUGCUUACGUCUUCUGUGCAGCAUCACAGGUGGCACAUCCCCAGCACAGUGGGAGGACAUUACUGGCACUACUCCUCUCACCUUUGUGAAUGACUGCGUCUCUUUCACUACCAAUGUAUCUGCCAGGUUCUGGCUUGCAGACUGCCAUCAGAUUCCAGAGACUGUAGGUCUGGCCACACAGCUCUACAGGGAGCUCAUCUGUGUGCCCUACAUGGCCAAGUUUGUAGUGUUUGCCAAGAUGAAUGACCCUGUAGAAUCCAAUCUGCGAUGCUUCUGCAUGACGGAUGACAAAGUGGACAAGACCCUAGAGCAGCAGGAGAACUUUGAGGAGGUGGCCAGAAGCAAAGACAUUGAGGUUUUGGAAGGCAAACCAAUCUAUGUGGACUGCUAUGGCAAUUUGACCCCUCUGACCAAAGCUGGACAGCAGCUGGUUCUUAACUUCUACGCAUUUAAAGAAAACAGACUCCCAUUCUGUGUAAAGAUCAGGGACAAUAGCCAAGAACCUUGCGGGCGACUGUCCUUCCUCAGGGAGAUGAAGACCUCAAAGGGGCUUCCCCAAACUGCUGUUUGUAAUCUAAACAUCACCCUGCCAGCGCUCAAAAAGGAUAUGGACUCAGAUGCCGAUGAAGAGACUGAAAAGCCAGAACGACGUCAUACCUUUGCAUCUCUAGCCUUACGUAAGCGCUACAGCUAUCUGACCGAGCCUGGAAUGAAAACAGUUGAACGAAGUACAACAAGAACACUGCCUGCUGGUUACGCUCACAAACCUGUCUUUUCAACAAGAUCUUACCAGGCAUGGUCGACUGCUCCUGUUACCAUCCCUGGGCAAACAAAAUGUGGACUGGGUUCCCUCUCAAGCUCACCUUCCAACACGCCAUCUGCUUCGCCACUAAAGUCAGUCUGGUCAAUAUCCUCAGCUUCUCCACUCAAGUCCACCCUGGGAACCACAAAUGCUUCUCCUGUUAAGUCUGUUAGCGACAUAGCAUCACCCAUUAGAACUUACAGAUCUAUCUCAUCUCCCAUAAAGACUGUUAUUCAGCAAGCCCAGUACCCUGUUCCAGUUUCUACUGGUCUCAUAUCUUCAUCUCUUAAAACCAGUACAGAUCCUUUGUCCAUUAAGGGACUUGUGGCUUCAAUGUCUUCAAGACCUAUUUCUGUGUCAUCGCCUGGAUCCAUACUUGAUAGAACCUUUACCACAGUGACCCCACCUGAAUCUCCAAAAUCAACUGCAAAUUUGUACACAUCUGCCUUGUCAAUCAAAUCAACUUUUACCUCCUCAGCCACUGCAGUAGCAUCCCCCAUUAGAACCAUAUCAAGUCUGUCAACUCUCAAAACUACUGCAGAUGGAGCUCCAAUUUCUAAGGGAACAAUUCUAUCAUCACUCACUUCACCAGCAAAGCAUGCUGUUGUCUCCACUGAAACAGCACUACUUAAUGGAUCUGUUUCACCGCUCAGAUAUCCACCUUCCUCUUCUUCAUCAUCCCGUCUGUUCUCAGGAGGAACUUGCAGUUUGCAGGAGAGGAUACAAGCUACAACACAAACAGCCACCUCUAGUGCAAGCACAGCCUUCAGUGAGGCUGAAAAAACUCUCAAUGCCUGCUCUGCAUCAGGCUAUGACACACUAAAAUCCAUGUCAUCUCCAUUAAGGUCAAAUGUAUCAAAUUCAGUUUAUGCCUCUCUUAGACCAGCUUCCUCCAGCACCCCUGUAUCAUGUACUUCUAUGACUGUCCCAGUGUUCUCCCUAGUGAAUGUUCUCCCUGAGCCUCAAGAAAUGAAAGCACCAGACAAAAUAACAAUUACACCUCAGACAUACGCUCAAACACCAUCCUCUACUCCCAGAUCGAAACCCUCAAAACCCCCACUCUUCAUCCCUUCCGCAGCAUUUAAAGCAGCCACUGCCUCACAGUUGUCAUCCAGUCAAGAAAUUUUGAGAGAUGUGGCAGAUAUGAAAGAAGAUCUGAUUAGAAUGACUGCCAUACUACAAACUGAUUCCCCUCCUGUAACUAAAACCUAUCAGUCUCAGGCUUCCAAAGAAUCAAAAAUGGAUGACGAGGAACCUUUUAGUCUUGUCGAAAAAGUUAAAGAAGAUCUUGUGAAAGUUAGUGAAAUCCUCACCAAAGAUGUUCUGAGUGAAACAAAGGACAAGGCUUCUGAGGAUGAAUGGGAGGAGUUCUCCAAAGAUGAAAUAGAAGAGGCUCAGCAAAGUGUCCUGAGAUCUCUUCCUACAUUUGAACCCACACUCCCAGUUAGACCACAGUCGGUGCAAGACAAAGAUCUCAAUUUAGCCAAGGUUGUUGACUACUUAAUGAACGACAUUGGUGCUAGCUCACUUUCAAAAAUUGCUGGUGUAAAGAGCAAAUAUGAUGAAAUGAAAGAGGGAGAGGAAAAACAGAAACGCACACUGAAACCUGAGCAUAAGCUCAAAAUGCCACCUCCAGGCAUGCGCUCCUCUCCUUCAGAGAAGGACUUAUGCAAAUUAGCUGAUUCCUAUAGUGGUACAGAUGCCAUUUUGGAAUCUCCUGAUGAUUUUUCCCAUGAGCAGGAUAAAAGCCCACUCUCAGACAGUGGUUUUGAAACCAGAAGUGAAAAAACACCCUCAGCUCCUCAAAGUGCAGAGAGCACAGGGCCCAAACCCCUCUUUACAGAUGUACCCAUUCCCCCAGUUAUAACAGAAACCAGAACAGAGGUUGUUCAUGUCAUUAGGAGCUAUGAACACCCUGAGGAGCCUUGUGAGCCCCUAAUGGAAGAAGCAGCAGCCUUGAAGUCACCGGCUUGCAUUGAACCUGAGCCAACAGCUGGCUCUAUCAAGGAUAAAGUAAAGGCUUUCCAGAUGAAAGUUAAUUCUGAAGAAGACUCCCUAGUGAGCAAAAGCAUGCGUCUGAAAGAGGAAACUCACAUAACUACUACAACUAGAAUGGUCUACCACAAACCCCAGCUAAAAGAGGGAGGCUCAGAGAGGAUUGAAGAAACUAUGUCAGUUCGAGACAUAAUGAAAGCUUUCCAGUCAGGCAGAGACCCGUCAAAAGAAUUGGCUGGUUUAUUUGAACACAAGGCUGGUCAGGAUUCAAUAAAGGGGGAUGAAUUAACCCCACGGUUUCUUGAUAAGGACACAAAACCUAAAGUUGAAAGAAUAAUUGAGGUUCACAUAGAAAAGGGCAACACAACAGAUCCAACAGAAGUAAUAAUCAGAGAAACAAAGAAACACCCAGACUAUGUGUGCAAAGGCAGCCGUAGUCUAAGGGAACUCCCUGAUAGGGUCGAGGGUGACUAUGAGGCUCUGCAGGAAGAGGAGGAGCUUGCUGAGGAAGCGCUGCCCUCUUUCUUGGAAACUUCCAGAGUCAAUACACCGGUGUCCCAAGAGGAGGACAGUCGUCCCAGUUCAGCUCAACUUAUUGCUGAUGACUCGUAUAAAGCUUUUAAACUCCUGACCCAGCACUCCAUUGAGUAUCAUGACGAUGAAUUAUCUGAGUUAAGGGGAGAGUCUUACAGAUUUGCUGAGAAAAUGCUCCUUUCUGAAAAAUUUGACAUAUCACAUUCUGAUACUGAGGACUCUGUGACAAACCAGGGACGUGACAUGACCCCUGAGGUGCAUGUAGCAGAAGGGUAUUAUGGAGAAAAGGUAUCUGGCCCCAAGAAAGAACACAUUUUGAGGUCAGCAAGGGACACAUCAGACAAAGCAGGUAAAUUCACUCAUAAAGAUGAUCAGUAUGAUAAACUGACAGUGUUGCACUACACCACAGAGCCUGGUAGCCCCAAACAUGCAGUCUGGAUGCGUUUCACCCAAGAUAGGCAAGAUAGAAAUAGGGAGAAACUUAUAUAUGAAGAUCGUGUUGAUCGCACUGUUAAAGAGGCUGAAGAAAAACUAAGUGAGGUUUCACAGUUUUUCCGAGACAAAACAGAAAAGCUCAAUGAUGAGCUUCAGUCCCCUGAGAAAAAGCCACCCAUCAGAGACUCGAGAGAGACACGGUCAGGUCCAAGCUCAGUGUGCAGCAGUCCUGAGAAAACAAAGCAAAAGAACGAAAUGGGCUCUGAGGAGUGGGGUAAAGGAAGGCAGAAAAUGUUUGGCAGCAUGAAUGAAAGAAAAAGUGCUAGUUUGCCGAGCAGCCCAGAAAGGCGUGUUCAGACACGCUUAGAUGAGGAGAGAUCAAAACAGGAAAAUGCUUUUCAGCAGGCAAAGCAGGGUGAAACUUCUCCUUCAGUUCAAAUGAAAACUUCCAAAGUGAGUUCUGUUCGGCUAAAAUUUGAAGCAGAGGCCCAAAAGCAAGACAGAAGUGUUCCAAUUACGCAGUCUAAACCGCCUGUUAAAAAACUUCAAGAAAGUAAGUUACCUGUAUACCAGCUUUUUGCUGGAUCAAAGACUCCCAAAACUGAUUCUACCGAAGAAGGGAAGCCUCAGAAAAAGGUUGAAGAUAGUGAGAGAAGUAAGGUAGCCUCUGGUCAAGGUUUCUAUAGUAGUACAUUUGGUGUUGCAUCCUCAAAAGAACCAAGUGAGAAAGUAUCAGAAAAACUAGACACCAUUUCAGAUAGCACCUGUAAAAAAAAGAAACAAUCUGAACAAGUUACUGAAUCAGAAGCUGAGACAAACAAAAAGAUUGAUGAGGCCGAUGAGAUCAAAACUAGAGAAAGUGAUAAGAAACAAAUCCAUGACUACUCAAAAGAUAUUAGUAGCAGAGUUGACAUCAAGGGCCAACAUUUGAAAACUGAAUCAACUGUUAAGGAGAUGAAAUCAGCUUUGAUAAUCAAAAAGGAUCAUAUAGACAGUGAUGAAUCACAGAUGAAGGGUCUUAAAAAAAGGACAGAAUCACAAAUUCCUGUGAGAACGAGUGUCCCAGACACUGAUCAAACAAAGAGAUGGAAACAAGACACAGUACUCAAACAAUCAGAAAAGAGCCCAUCACAUAUCCCUACACUAGCUAAACCAAGAGUUCAGGGUCGCUCAGAACUCUCCAGGGAAGAAACUGCAACAAAGAAAUCUCAGGAUUCUUUUGAGGUUAGUACUUUGAGAGAUCCAAGCUCAAGUGACACAGGUCCAGUGGAAAAGGUAUCUGUGGUUACAACUAGAGAAAGUUUUAAAGGACUGAAAACAUUACCAGUUUACGUAAGUGUACAAGUAGGAAAACAAGGUGAGAAAGAUUCUGUAGGCGGACAAAAUGGAUCUGUGAAAAAAAUGGUCAGUUCAGAGAGCCGAACAAUUUAUGCAGUGAAACAGAGGCAGCCGACAUCCCCUCAGGGUAGCCCAGAAGAUGACACACUGGAACAAAUAUCUUUUCUUGAUAGUUCUGGUAAAAGUCCAAUGACACCAGAAACCCCCAGUAGUGAGGAAGUCAGUUACGACCUGACCUCUAGAACCCCUGACUCUUUCAUGGCAUUCAUACCAGGCAUUGCUAGCCCAAUUGCUGAGGUCUCAGAGGAAUCAGAGGAUUCGGAGCAAGGUAAAGCAAGCUCAUUCAAGGAACUUGUCCCGGAAAAAGUUUUUGUUGCUGAGCCAGCCAGUGGGAGUCACGACACUGAGCAGGCAAGUAAAGACAAGCGAGUUGCAUACAUUGAGUUUCCUCCUCCCCCUCCCUUGGAUUCUGAUUCAUCACAACCUGAGAAAAAAGGAUCCUCUCCUUCCUCAGAGGCUGAGACUGAUAUGAUGGAGGUGAACCUCCAGGAGGAACAUGAUAAGCAUCUGCUUGCUGAGCCCAUAAUUAGAGUCCAACCUCCUUCCCCUGUGCCCCCAGGAGCUAAUGACAGUGACUCAAGUGAAGAUGAAUCAGUCUUUCAACCCAUUCCGGUAAAGAAAUAUACUUUCAAGCUUGAUGACCAUGAGCAAGAUGAGAAGGAACCCAAACCCAAAAAGCAUGACAAGAACGGGAACCAUAAAGAACCUGGAAUGAAUGGCAAUGGAAAAAUAGAGGAUUACGACUAUGAACAAAAUGGCAAUGAUCAGUCUAUUACAGACUGCUCGAUAGCAACAACUGCUGAGUUCUCUCAUGACACAGAUGCCACAGAGAUUGAUUCUUUAGAUGGAUAUGACUUUCAAGAUGAGGAUGAUGGACUCAAUGAUGUAAAUGAUAUAAAACCAUUUGGCUUUUCCAGCGACAACAGAAAGGACAUUUGGGCAUCGGAAAGUAUGCUUAGGCCUAGUGACCGUUCUUUCAGCCAAAGUAAACUUGAAGUAAUUGAGGAGGAAUCACCCACCGAGGAGUACAAAAAAGUAAAAACAAAGAGUGAUUCUUCUGUUAAAAAAACAGAAAAUAAAAAAGACGAUGAAAAGGACAAAAAACAGUCAAGGCAAGAGGGAUUGUCAGACACUUACUUUAGCUACAAACUAGAGGAAGAGUUCAACACCCCUUUCAAAACUGUUGCAACGAAAGGCUUGGACUUUGAUCCUUGGCCAAGUAGAGGAGGAGAUGAUGAAGUUGUUGAUGCAAGGAUUAAAGAUGAUGAGCCCAAGCCUUUUGGGCUAGCUGUUGAUGACAAGUCUCAAACGACUACCCCUGACACGACCCCCGCAAGAACUCCAACUGAUGAAAGCACGCCGACUAGCGAACCUAACCCUUUCCCCUUCCACGAAGGGAAGAUGUUUGAGAUGACCCGCAGUGGUGCGAUUGACAUGAGCAAGCGGGAUUUUGUUGAAGAGAGGCUCCAGUUUUUUCAGAUUGGCCCUCACAGUCCUUGUGAGAGGACAGACCUGCGUAUGGCUAUAGUGGCUGAUCAUCUUGGCCUGAGCUGGACUGAGCUGGCCAGGGAAAUGGAUUUCUCGGUUGAUGAGAUAAAUCACAUCCGUGUGGAGAACCCCAACUCACUGACGACUCAGAGUUUCAUGCUGUUAAAGAAAUGGGUUAGCAGAGAUGGUAAAAAUGCCACAACGGAUGCCUUAACUGCAGCGCUGACAAAGAUCAAUCGGAUGGAUAUUGUGACAUUGCUGGAAGGGCCAAUAUUUGACUAUGGUAACAUUUCAGGCACAAGGUGUUUUGCAGAUGAUAACGCAGUUUUCCGGGAUCAGACUGAUGGUUACCACAGCAUCGAUCUGGAGCUGCAGAGUCCCACAGAGUUGAUCUAUGAACCCCCCACCCCUCUCCAAAAGGAUGAUUUCUUUAGUGAAGACGGUAGUGUAGUCUCGCCCAGUAGAGCCCCCAUUAGACCCAGUGAAUUGUCCUUACCCACCACCUCCAUGGACGCAGCUGCGUCCAGCACAGCACCCCCUACUGUUGUAGCUGAGGACACUUCUUUGGGAGGCAGAGAAUCCUGCAGUCGAGAGGGGGGCUCGACUGAAGACGACGCAGAGGUCAGCCGCGAUUCGAUGGCCUUUUCGGAAGCCCAGGACGGCGAGGAAGCAUCCAAAGAUUCAGAAGUGUUCACCCAACCCGCAGUGACUCAACCAGAGGUCUCUGGGCUGCGAGAGAGUGGCUGGUCUGGUUUUGAGGAAGGAGAAGGGGAAAUGACCCAGGAGAAGCUCAAGUCUCUUUUGGACAACAUUAAGUUGGAGGAAAGCUCAGAGGAUGUGGAGAUAACUGAGGAAAGAGUGCAAGAUAUUCUAUCUCAAGUGGAACAGGCAGAAAAAGAGAUGUCUUCAAUUGCAGGGUUGCAAAGCGAAGCUUCCAGCGCUAACAAGGAGACGUCAGCUUCAGGUCAAGGACUGCAAAGGCAGAAAGAGAGCAGCCAAAAGACCACGUCCUCUGUCCAUGAGCUGCAAGCCGAAAAGCAGAAUGGGGAACAUCCUGAGCACCAAGCCCAAGCUGGCUCACUGCCUGAGGCCCAGGAGCCAUCCAUCAAGUUUAAGGGCAAAGUUGAGAAGGACUCUGGGAGAGAAGACAUGAGCAGAGAGGCUGCAGAGGACAGCACAGCUGGGUCGAGCACCAAGGAGGAGGGCACUGCAGAGCCUAAAGCCCAGCAGGGAGCGCAUAGAGACAAUGACUCCAGCUCUGAUGAGGAACAGACAGUCACUACCAGGGUGUAUCGGAGAAGGGUGAUUCUGAAGGUAUCCGGUGGUACUAGUGCCGGGUGUGCUAUGGGCGAUCAGGCUAAAAACAUUCCUGGCGAGUCAGUGACAGAGGAGCAGUUCACAGAUGAAGAUGGCAACAUUGUCACCAGAAAAGUCAUCCGGAAAGUGGUGCGGCGUGUGGCUGGAACGGAGGAGAAGGGCAGGAGGAAGAAAGGCAGGCGCUCCAAGCAGGCCUCUAGGGCUGAGGAAGAAGAGGAGGGGCCCACUAGGGAGCACCCUGAGGUCGCAGAGGAAACCAAGGGAAAGAAGAAAGAAGGGAGACUAAGAGAGAAAAAGGGUCAGUCGUAACAGCCGCGUGUUCAACAUGAUCUGCACUUGUUUCAUAAUUGUUUUCCUGGGAAUGAGAUCACUGGAAACGCAACAGCAGAAGAUCAGUGGAUGGGGGAUUGUGUUCAGCUUUCACAUAAACGCAUGGUUUUCAGGAAGAGGACUUUUUUUGAUUUCGCAUGAGCAUGAAAAAAAAACUCAUUCUUUCUGUCAGUGGCACAGGACACCCAAUCGGUGCCGCGAGACCGCCAUCGGUGUGAUGCUUCUUCUGCGCCGAAUGUGGGAGGAGUGCCACACGCAAAGCAAUGGCACCCAAGCAAUUCCAUGACCAAAGAUGGUAAAAAAAAAAAAAAACAAAAUGAAAAAGAGCAUCGUGGACUGACAGAAACCUAGGGACACUUUUUUUUAAAAUCACCUUCUCCACUCGCCUUACAUUUUUUUCUUCUCGGACCCAUAAUGUCGGGCUGUAUAAUGCUGUUUUUGGAGAUCUUGUACAUAAAUCAAAACUGUAUAAAUUCUAAAGAGAAGUAGCUCACAAAAUUGUGAAUGCACUGGCAACAGAGAUUUGCAAAGUGCGUUUAAAUAAAAUGAAUGAAAUGAAAUGCUGAUACUGAUUUAAACUUUAAGGAAAAGCUUGGGUGUAACUCCACAUGUAUUUGUGUAAUUAUUCACAGAAAAAAAAAUGUUUUUACGAGAACAGGCUUGCUUGGUUUUAACAGCGGACUUUUCUUUUAAACCUACUGCAACUCUCAAUAAUGGUGACGGAAUCUGCGUAGCUGUAGUCCUGUUGAAAGAUUUCCUCAGAGUACUAAUAUUUUGAUGCAUGUGAUUCACUUUAUUUUUGAUUUCUUUUUAAACCACAUAACGAGGACAUUCUGUGUGCUCAUAGCCCUGCCGUUUGUCACUAAUAUUGUUUUCUAAAGACACCACUGCACCGUCAGACUCAAAGGGAGAGUGAAUGGACACGAUUCAUGUACCACUUCAUAAGGAUUCACUGUGUCCCUACACGCAGCUAAAGGUUUCCUAUGCUAUGCAGUCACAGACAGGCCUGAAGCCGGAGAGGUGGAGCGAAUGUAUCAUGUCGACUGGCACGCUGUAAACUUUUAACUGUUCUUAUGUGUAUUGGUUCUAAGAUGUAAAGGUCUUUCUGUAAGCCAAUAAUUUGUAAUCAUUCUAGCAGUGUUUUACUAGGUUUCAAGGCUGCUGUGGUCUCGAGGGGCAUUUUUAUUUGGGUUUUGGUGAAAUAUUUCCUUAUGUUGAGUAUAAUCAAACGAGAUCACCUUCAGGCAUUCAUUGAUCCAUCUGAUAACAAGCGUAUGACAAAACAUACACUGGAUGAUUGAAUUAAUUAUUUAAGCUUAAAAUAAAUUGUGUUCAAACUCUCAAAA